CGGAAGAGAUCAAACUCUUCACUCGUACCACCGGACGCAGUUUGUCGUUGCGGCCAAUGCUUGCCAACGAACGGAUCGAGUACAGCGCUUUUGUGCAGCAGCUGUCAGCCGCGUUGCUGUCAUUUUUGGGAAAUACGAUGAUUAAAAAGCUGGCCGAACAGGAAACGACAUUCGUCGAGAAGCUUGUCCCUUUGCUGGUACAGAUAACGAUAAAGCAAUUCGAAGAGUCAAUCAUCGAUAGCAUGGGCAGCUUUAUUAAUGAGUUUUUCAACGAGUUCGCUGCCAUUCAAAAUGAGGUUCACAAUAUUUUCAAUGACCCGAAAGCUAUUCAACUGAUGCUUACCAUCGUGGAGUGUGUUCGGAUACAUAAUCAAUGCUUUCCACAGUACAAAAUUUCCGUUAACUAUCUACGAAUCGCACAAGCGUCUCAAUUCUGUCAGGCACACUUUAAAGCCAUCCUGUAUGGUGACCUCUGGUACCGGGAGGAAGAGGAGCAAGGCAAGCAUGAUGCCAAACGACACCCGGAACUGCAAAACAUAAUGAAAUCAUGCCAUUUGGCGAUCGGCGUAAACGAUGCAGUUAAAUCAUUCCUCAACCCAAUCCAGGAACGGAUGGAAUAUUACCGUCUAGAGCAGAAUUACGCCAGAUGCUUGGUUAUGCAAGAUGCAAGCACACCGUGGUCGCAAGAUACCGCCCUGGACAGUGCGGGCACACAGAAUGCCAUCUUGCAAACACUGAAAGACUCCUCACUGUACGGUUUGGCUAGAUCGUUACAUGUCGCACCGCAACAGAUUGAUUACGAGUGUGCCUGGCGGCUGUCCGACUGGAAUGUACUAUUCGACGCGGACGGCGGUGUUGGUCCCAAUUCGCGAUCCUUCGAGCGAGCGCAUUACAAAGCGCUCAAGUGUUUGCAGCUGCGCGAUGAACUCGCGGUGGAAAGUGCGAUCGUGGCAGCGCAGCGUGCCGUUAGCGAACUUUUCAAGCUUACCAGCAUCGAAUCCACCAAACACAUCUACCACGGGCUGUGCCGGUUGCGGAUGCUGCAGCAGAUCGAAGACUUCGGUGAGGUACACUUCUCCAGACAGAUCGACUGCGAGCAGGACCUGCUGAACCGGUGGAGGGAACAGGACGAGCUGCCGCACAGCGAGUUCACGCUGCUGGAAACGAUCCUUUCCCAGCGGCUGUCCAUCUUCAGCACGGCCGGGAUUCGUGCGAAACGUAAAUGGGUACCGCCGGCAGUGUACAGCACGCUGCUGCUGCUGAUCCACGAAUCGCGCCUGCGAGGCUUCGUGGACUGUGCGGUACGGAAUGUGGUGCUGAUCGGGAAGCAGGAGCUGCCGGCCAACGUGCAGUCGGUGGUGAUGCUGGAAAAUGCACAGCUCAAUUGGAGUGCCGGCCAGCCGGUGCUGGCGAAGGAGUUGGCGUGGGAAGUAAUGAACAGCGCCAAGUACACUGAUCCGAUGGUGAAGGGAGUGGCGUGUCGCCUUUACGGUGAGUUCCUUGCCGAAGGACACUCGCAGGAGAUCAAGUCGCUAUGCUCGGACUACUUUCAACAAGCGGAAAAAUAUGUCCAGUUUGUGCUGUCGCGACAGGCGGCGGCGACGGCUGCGGGUGGCGAACAGAAAACCUCGCCCGGGAACGUUCCCGCUAACCAUCGUUGCUUCGACGUGGAUCGUAACUUCACCGUGCAGCACACCGUCGCGAAGUACGCGGAUCGUGAAUUUGUGCGGCUCACCAAAUUCAUCCGCUCUCAGGAGUGGGAGGCACGGAAAACGAAUCUCGCCCGCAUGGAGGUCGAGCUGGUCCGCCUGAGGGAGGAAACGCAACGUGCCACCGAUCAGCGCGCGACAAGAAAGCGGCCGAAGAGGGUGGAACAGAAUCGCUGGGACUACUUGAAUCUGGCACUGUGCUAUUAUCUGAUGUACGCGAAACAGAGCACGAUCGUGAGCGACAUGGUGAUAUUUAGGAUCAUGUCGCUGUGGUUGAACAAUCAGGAAAAUACGAGCGCAAAGGAGUUGAUCGAAGAGUCGCUGCUUACCAUUCCUUCGUACAAGUUUAUUGCCGUUUUACCGCAGCUUACACCGCGCGUCGGGCUGGACAGUGGGGACGGUGCGCUGGUGCAGAAAGCUUUGAUAAGAUGCGCCCUGGACCAUCCCCAUCACACGCUUCCGUUUGUGUUUGCGCAGCUGCAUGCGUAUAAAGAUCAACCGGAUCACGAAACUCCCACCAACGAUAACCGUUUAAUGGGUGUGCGGGAGGUGUACAAAAAGCUGCGCAAAGAACCAACGCUCGAGCAAAUGUUGCACCAACAGAGAGAAUGA